AUGACUUGCAAGCGGGUCAUGAUCUUUGGCGGUAAUGGGCAAACCGCACGAUUAUUAACGGCAGGAAUGCUUGCCAAGGGCUGGAACGUCACGAGCGUAAUCCGCAACCAGAAACAAGCAGCGGAUAUUCUAAAGCUCGGCAAGGCCACUCCAGGUCAGAUCGACACCGUAUUCGCGGACCUGAAGGCAAUAAAAAGCGUUUCUGAUGCAAGAAGCUUGAUUAGCCAGGCGCAGCCAGAAAUUGUGGUCUUUGCGGCAGGCUCCCUUUCUCAACCAUGUUUGGUUGAUAGAGACGCGGCGAUUCGAAUUAUAGAAGCUUCAACGGAGACCGAGUCUGUGAAAAAGUAUCUACAGAUAUCUUUCCCGGCAUCUCGGCGGCACAGAGCACCGUGGUGGACAGAUGAGGAUCACCUGGCUUCCCGCGAGGAGACGUCGAGCUACCCCGAUAUUCAGCGGGCAAAGCUCGAGGCCGACGAGUUCCUGGUUCGCAUGAUCAAGGAGCGGUCUUUGCAUGGCAUCAGUCUCCGGCCAAGCUGGCUGACCAACUCUCCAGCGACGGGCAAGGUCGCGCUGGGGGAGACACCCUCGGUGUCGCAAAUUACGCGAGGGGACGUGGCUGCUGUAGCUUUAGAAAUAUUGAUGAGGGACGACGUCAAAGGAUGGCUCGACGUAGUCAAGGGAAAAGUUCCAAUUGAUGAGGCAGUGGAAUUGGCCGCCAAGUCGCAAAUCGGCGUACUGGGCUGCGAGGACCUAUCUGGUGAUGUAUGA